AAGGAAGUGAAAUUGGUAUCAGCAACAUUUGAUUUUCAAAAUUAAAUAAUCCACAGGUUAAGAGAGAAACUUAUUAUGAGGCAUCAUCAAUAUCAAUAUUACAUCUUUAUUGUCAGUUGCAGGUUUGGAACCUUGAAUCGGUGAUGUACUACAUUGUCGCUGUUUUUGUUUACCUUGGGUUGGUGUCAGCUCAGAAAACACAAGGUCAGGUAGAAUGGAAUGUAACACAGAAAGUGUCGUCGUUUGGACAAAACCUGACAAUAUUUUGUGCAGUUGAUGACUGUUGUGCAAAAUUUUCAGGCUGGGUACGGUGGAAUUAUGACGGCAGAUAUUACGAGCCACUUGUUAUCGAUCUAAGAAGUUUUAAAAGUCCAAAAUAUGCUGGAAAUUUAAGAAAAAAUGGUUUUACCGUAGUCUUGAAAAAUCUGACCGGAUCAGAUAUGAAUCGUAAUUAUUCAUGUACAUACGGCAGCAUCGUGGGUGAAAUGAAACUGUUGGUAACAGAAGAAUCUUUCACGACACCCAUGGUAACAGUUACAGAAUCAACCAACAUUACAGUUACAAAAUCAACCAACUUAACAGUUACAGAAUCAACCAACUUAACAGUUACAGAAUCAACCAACUUAAAAGAUACAGAAUCAACCAACUUAACAACCGGAAUAAUUAUUGGUAUAGUCUUGGCUGCUUGUGUAUUGUUGAUACUAUUGGUUUUAAGGUUCCGUCUUUUGAAGAGAAGGGAUGAUGGUUAUAGACCUACUAAUAUAGAUAGUAGUACAGAAACUCACAAUACCAUUACGUUGGCCAUUAAGCUUUAUUCAACUACUGAAUUUGGAUACAUCAAUGAACAACUAAGAGAGUUGCUAGCCAAGGGACCAAAGUAUAGAAUCCCCCAGCCCAUCAACUGGAAAAAGAAUUUCAAGUUACUGAUGGAUGCAGUUGAGGACUAUGCUAGAAAAUGGGUAAAGCGCGAAUCAGACGAACCCGAACUGGAUACUUUGUCUGAAUGGAACAAAGCUAUUCGAUCAUGCAUUCAGAGGCGCAUACAAAAACUACGAUGUAAUAUGAGUACUAGAGUCUCUAACCCUUUCAAGAAUCCGGAUGGUGUGGAUGCUUUAUCCUCUUUUCAUGACAAAUAUGUCGUUGUUCCGGCAGAUAAAGCCUCCAAUAAUAUUGUCUUUAUAUGUUAA